ACACGCCUGCAGCGCGAGCUCAGAGAGCAGAACAGAAGGGGUUCCAGCGCGUGCAGCAGCAGCAGCAGGAGGACGAGAGCCGCCAUGACGGACCGAUUCGACUGUUUCUACUGCCGCGAGGACCUCGGGGGCAAGAAGUACAUUAAAAAGGACGACAAGCCCGUCUGCGUGCGCUGCUUCGAGAAGUUCUGCGCCAACACCUGCACAGAAUGCCGCCGGCCGAUCGGCACAGACUCUAAGGAGCUUCACCAUAAGGGCCGUUACUGGCACGAGGACUGUUUCCGCUGCUCUAAGUGCUAUAAGAAUCUGGCCAAGGAGGCGUUCAGCACUAAGGAUGACCGGAUCCUGUGUGGUAAAUGCGGCUCGCGUGAGGACGCCCCCCGCUGCCACACCUGUUACAAACCCAUUCUGGCAGGGACGGAGAGUGUGGAGUAUAAAGGGAACUCGUUUCAUGACGAGUGCUUCACCUGCUACCAGUGUAAAAAACCCAUCGGCUCCCAGAGCUUCCUGACCAAAAACGACAACAUCUACUGCAGCUCCUGCCACGAGAAGAAGUUCGCCAAGCAGUGCGCCGGCUGCAAGAAGGCCAUUACGUCCGGCGGUGUGAAUUAUCAGGACCAGCCGUGGCACUCGGCCUGUUUUGUGUGCGUUUCGUGUCAGAAGCCGCUCGCUGGAACUCGCUUCACCUCCCAUGAGGACAGAGUGUUCUGCGUGGACUGUUACAAAACCUGCGUCGCCAAAAAGUGCUCCGGCUGCCAGAACCCAAUCACUGGGUUCGGAAAAGCCACUAACGUGGUGAACUAUGAGGGGGGCACCUGGCAUGAUUUCUGCUUCAACUGCAGGAAAUGCUCUCUGAACCUGGCCGACAAGCGCUUCGUCUCCAAAGACGGAGACAUUUACUGCAGCGACUGCGCCAAAAAAGUGUAGAUCAGACUGCAGAAGCAGAGAAAUGGAGGUUUAAUCAGAAUAAGAAAUAAUAAAAGUUAAGCAACAUUAAUUUAGUCAUAUGCAAACACAUCUCAUAACAGCUUACUGUAACAGGAAAGCUCAACUGAGGAGACUAAUAUCGCUUUUUCUCGCAGGCAGCAAAAUAUAAUCAUUCACUCUCAGUUUUUGUGGGUCCAUUUUUGAUGUUUUUAUUCAGAUUGUGCUUCAUUCCUCCACCAGGAUCAGCCUGACUCGACCGUACAACUGAACCAUUUUAGUUUGUAGAUCAUAAAGUUUCUCUUUGAUUUUGAUUGUCUUAAUGAGAAUAAUCAGAAAAUCUCCUCAGACUCACUCACACUGAAAACAGACCAGCUCUGAAUAACUGCAUCAUUUCCACCUUGAGUUAAAUAUACUAAAUCAGCCCUGCUACUGUCUUUCUGCUCGCCUGCGUUUGGCGCCGAUCGUGCUGUGAUAUAUUUAACGCUGUAGAACCGAGUUCAGCGCGGUGUUGUUUCCAGUGAGUGAUAAACGAGGAAGGUGAGGUGUGUGUUUUGGUAUUUCCUCAAUGUGUUUUUCAGCCUCGCUUUCGUUCAGCACGUCAACUCAAGCAGCUUUUGUCUCAGACAGCAUUUAACUGUGUCUUAAAUAUGUACUAAUCAGGCUGAUAUAUAUGCAUUAGAUCACUAUAUGCAGCUUAAUGUGUAGUAAACAUUUCAUAAAUGGUCUUGAUUGAUACAAAACUGAAAUAAUCUCCUUUUUUGGAUCAUUGCAUUCUCCACUUACUGCCUCCAUGUCGUCUGCAUCAUGUGUUUGUGUAUUGUUGGGAAAAUAAAUAAACAGUGAGAUUCA